CCAGAUUGGUGUAUCGGAAGGGGAUUGAUCUCGUGGCUCGGGCGAUCCCGCUCGUGUGUGCACAGGACUCGAGAGUGAGAUUCCUAAUUGGAGGUGAUGGCGCCAAGAGGCUGUUGCUUGAAGAGAUGAGAGAGAAGUACAGACUACACGACCGGGUGACGCUGUAUGGAGCAGUGCCCCACGCUCAAGUGCGAGAUGUUCUGUGUCAGGGCCAUAUCUUCCUUAACAGUUCACUUACUGAAAGUUUCUGUAUCGCCAUUCUAGAAGCCGCAGCGUGUGGGCUCUUCGUUGUAAGCACUAAAGUCGGAGGAGUUCCAGAAGUACUGCCACCCGAUAUGGUGCAGUUUGCAGCGGAAAUCACGCCAGAGGCGUUGGCUGAAGCGGUUUUGGCUGCUGUACCGCGACUUGCAGGCGUCGAUCGACAGGAAUUUCAUGAAAGAGUAGCGCAGAUGUACAACUGGGAUGCUGUCGCGGUGAGAACGGAGAAAGUGUACGAGAAGGUGUGCGCACUUCCAGACAGCUCGCUACUCCAUCGUCUACAGCUGUACCACGGAAUCGGUCCAGUGGCAGGGAUGUUGGCCUGUGUCAUCGCUGCGGUUUUACACUUGUACGUGGUGUUUCUCGAGUGGUGGCAACCUGCUCAUGAGAUUGAACUCGCGCUAGACUGGACCCCCGUAUCUCAGCAAUGUGAUGGAGAUAAACGGAAGACUGAAUAAGGCUGAAAAUGCCCACUGUGACUACAACUAGGCCCCAAAAAAACUACGAACCACGUUAAUAGCAGGUAUUACGGAGAAUUGGAGCCAUUGCGCUGGUGGUGAUCAUCAUGAUCUCUU